AUGAGAGGAUUCGGCGCAUUUCCUGCUCCUCGUCUUCUCUCGAUGUCUCUCUAUCCCGGUGUCCUCCGCUUAUCAGCUCUUCCCAGUCGAUCCCGACCCUUUGCCUCCCUCCCUGCUCCCGCCCGAGCUUCAUGCCGACCCCACCGUCUCCGACAGCCACUUGUUGUUCCAAACCUCCGCCCCUAUUCUUCUUCGCCUCCUCGUCCUCCAUCCUCGAAUACCUCCCACUACGAUCGAUCGCAAUUUAAAGUCCUCCCUAUUAUUGCCAUUAUUGGUCUUGGUACAGGCUCCUACGUCUUCCUCGUGAAAUCCCGGACCGGUGUCCGCAAACCUCAGCCCGAGUCGAAGUCUUUUGACCAAUAA